UUCUGGCGCAGAACAUCAUUCGCUUUGUAUUCUUCGUUGUGUUUACUUCGUUAAUUCAAAACUAAAUCGAAAAUGUCAGGACGUGGCAAAGGUGGCAAAACCAAGGGAAAGUCAAAGACCCGCUCCAACCGAGCAGGACUCCAGUUCCCAGUCGGUCGUAUCCAUCGGCUUUUGCGCAAAGGAAACUACGCCGAGCGUGUGGGUGCAGGUGCUCCAGUUUACCUAGCCGCAGUUAUGGAAUACUUGGCUGCCGAAGUCUUGGAGUUGGCCGGAAACGCAGCUCGUGACAACAAGAAGUCGAGAAUCAUCCCCCGUCAUCUCCAACUCGCCAUCAGGAACGACGAGGAAUUGAACAAGCUCCUCUCUGGAGUCACCAUUGCCCAGGGUGGUGUUCUCCCUAAUAUUCAAGCUGUUCUCUUGCCCAAAAAGACCGAAAAGAAAGCUUAAAUUAUCCAUCAUACUCACCCUCACACAAAACAAUCGGCCCUUUUCAGGGCCAACAAAUAUUUUUACGUUUGAAUUCUUUGUUCUUUACAUUUAAUACUUCUCAUAUGAAAACUAAUAUUUUCAUAUGAUAUGAAAUAAAUGCAGUAAGUUUUAUUUA